CUGUAAUCGGGUGCUAUGACAAAUCUCACGAAUGAUUUGCGGCAAUCUGCCGACAGAAUCUGCUCGCGUUGGAAUCUGUCCAAAAUUGAUGGUGCGUUUUCGUCGAAAACGUAAUGCGUUGCGCGUUCACGCAACGAACGACGAGUGCUAGGCGUAUCCCGUAUAUCAACCAGCGAGACAUGAUUUAAUGGUUAUGAAGAUAAUGUAUGUGUACGACGACGUAAGAGGGAAUAAUUGGCCAGCACAAUCAAAAAUCUAGGGAAUAUCAUUAAAUCUUUAGUCAGAUAAUCAGGAAGCGCAUGGAGAACGAAAAUAAUUCUAAUAAAGAUCCGUCGAAGCAUACUACCUAUCAAAAAAAUGCAAAAGAAACAGAACAUCGCAUUCUCGCUGAAUCAAAGAUUUGUAUAAUUAAAAACACGAAAAAAGAAGAAAGAUUCUCAAUAAAAGGAAUAAAUUCUUUUCAAAAAGAAGCAAUGAAGGAGAAUAAUGGAAUAUUAAAAGAGACGACCACGUCAGAAUCCUUUCCUAAGAGAGUCGAUAACACCGAGAAAUAUGAUAAAUCAAAACGCAAGAUUAACAAUCCAGGAAAAAUUGGCGAUAUGGCAACGGUGACGGUCGGUAAAUAUCGAUGUCAACGUCCUCUUCGUGAUAUAAUUGGCAAACGAGAGCAACGUAAAGAAGAAUUGAAAAAGAUGGAAGGAGGACUGCGACAACGUCUGGAUAUGCUAGAGUGUUUGAUACCAGCGGUGAUGAUGUCACAAGGCGCGCCUGUCUGUAGGAUCAAGCGUAUUCUGGAGAAACAAUUUAAAGACACGAGGGAACUCUCUUGUCGUAGCACACCGAGCUGUCAUUACGAUUGCAGGGUACGAGAAAUUGAGGCAGAAAGAAAACUAGCGUUGAAAAAGGUGGAGGAAGCGCGAACUCUUUGGUCGGAGAAACUCGCGACGUUGAAAGAAAGAAAAAAAAAACUUGACGAAGCCAGAAAAAUUCAGGAGGAACAAAGAAACGCGAUAGAACGGUUAAAUGAAGAAAAUAGAAUGCUGCAAGAAGCGAUGGAAAAGAAAGCAAUAGAAAUGGACGAAUUGUGCCAGUGCGGUGACACACAAUGUAAACAGAGACAUCUCAGCAAAGUCUCUAGCGUGACGUCCAUCGAGUCCGGAGAUAUUCAGUGUCUGGAGAAGCUACAACGAUUAGCGGAAGAGGAGGUGAUAACAAAGCGAGAAAUAGUCGAGUUGGAACGCCGUGAGGAAGUUUACAUGAGAACGCUUCAGCAAGCCGAUGAAUUGUGGUCAAAAAUGGAGGGCGAUAUGGUCAGUACAACGAGCGCAUUGCAAAAACAAUUGGACAUGAAAACUACCGCCAAUCAACAACUCGCGAAUCGUGUAUGCGAAUUGGAAGAUGCACUCGAGAAGUGCCGGGCAAGACUAAUCACGUGUAGAACAGAACUAGAGAAGUUUCUAAGUAUUGAGAAAGUUGAAGCUACGAUAGGUCGCGACGAUGACGUUGCGAAAGUGGCAGAUAAGGAAGUUGCGGUAAAGGCUAAAGUCGUGCAUCGGCCAAUCGGUAGGAUAGAUGACAUAGCCACAGUAAAGGACGAUGAAGUUCUUGCAAAGGUCAAAGUUGUGGAUGAGGGAGUACUAGUGAAGACCGAAGUCGUGGACAAGGAAGCGUUAGCAAUAACCGAAGUUGAGGAUAAAGAAGCGUUGGCGAGAGUCGCCCUAACCGACGCCGAUAUAGAAGCUACUUUUAUCGUGGACGAUAAGUUUGUCUCGAUUAAACCCGACUUGGUUGAUCUUGCUGUCGAUCGUCCGGUAGAUCUUGUACAAAUCAAAGAUGCGGAAAGUAUAGUUCGACCGGAAGACGUAGCUUAUGAGCAACAGAGAUUUAAAGAAGUUCGGGAAUAUUUGGCGCAAUUAGGCUCGUUAGAAGAGCUGUAUACAGAUGACGGUGUGCCGUGCGCACAUGAUUUCGUAUGCAACGAUGUGGUGACGUCACCUACCGGUAUGACAGAUGAGGAACUUAUUGCGUUGAGUGUGAAACAUCCUGUACUAGCAAAGGAACGUGAUGAAACCAUGAUUACAGAGGAACGAGAGAGGCAAUUUAAAAAAGAAUUAGUAAAAAAAUUACACGCUGUUGACGGAAUUGAAAAAAGAGAAAAGAAAGAAGAUGAAAUCCCUGGCGUCGAAAUUGAGAGAAAAAUUGCCGAGAAAGUGGAAAAACGGGUCGCUGAAGUCGUAGACGUUAGAGAAACUGUAACAUCACGGGCAAUCGAAGAAGCUGCGGACGAUAGGCUGGUAACGAUGCCGAAAGACCGAGCGCCGGAAAUAAACAACAUCGAGGCUGGAAAUAAACAAAAUCAGAGCAUCAUGAUACAACGGAAGACGAUCCUAUCGUGGAUUGAUGCGAUCGAUACAAUUCGCACGACAGCAGCGAAACAUCCAGACUGUCAUGAAGUAAAAAAAGAUGCUGAUACCUUAGCAGAACAAGUUGGCACGUAUGUUGGGAUAAAACCUAAAGAAGUGGAAGAGGAAAAUGCAACAAUAAAGAAGGCUAAAGAAAUGGAACCUGUGAUAAAAAUUGAUUCCGUACCAUUCCUUAACUCUGAAGAAGCAUCAGCAGAAGUGAAAGCAUCAAUGGAAGCAAUAGCUGAAUCAGAAUUACUACCUACUUUUACAAAAGAGGAGGUACCAAUUGACAUAAAACUCCCUACGGCGAUUUCAAUGGAAGAUUCUUUUCAGCCUCCUACAAUGCACGAUCCAAAAAAUUCGAAAAACGACACGCUUCCGUUAACAAUAUCCGAACCAGAUAUUGAAAUAAAAGCUGAAGAAACACGAGUCAAAGAAAUUGUACACAAUGCGAAAGAGAUUGAAAUACCUAAAAACAAAAAUGCAGAGAGAAAAGCAGCAGUCAAAGAUCUGAUAAAUAAUAAAUUAACAACAAAAUUAGAAACAAAUGAUAAAACUAUAAAUUCUAUAGAUGAAGAAAAAGUAUUAGUUGUUCCAAAAACAGAAAAAGAAGAACAAGAAAUCAUAUCUAAUCAUAUAGAAAAAAACGAUGAAAAAGAGAAAGACAUACCAACAGAAACAAAAAUAAAAGAAAUAACAGUAGAAGACAAAAAAGCAGAUAAAGUAUUACCAGUGACGGAAAUUGAGGAAAGCGAAUUUGUAGAACGGGUUGCAGAAAAGUCGGAGGAAAUUUCAUCGCUAGAUGAAACUAAAAUUUCAGACAUGAAAGAAAUGAUACCACCUAUGGAAAUUGUAGAAGUUUCGCCGAUUUCAGAAAAGAAAGAGAUAAAACAAGAGAAAACAAUGCCGGUAGUAGAUGUAAAAGAAGUAAAAAAAAUGAUACCAGAGACAAUUUCACCAACUGUGGACAUAACCGAGGUAGAAAAAUUCGAACCCGACAAAUUUCCUAUCGUAGAUGUUGAAAAAGCACCGAUUACAAAAGCAAUAGAAGAAAAAAUUAAAAUGGAAGAGCCUACACCUAUUUUGAAUGAAAAAGAAGAUUCAUUGCUUCUGGACGCGGCAACAAUCAAAGAAAAAAUCAAAAAUGAAAAACCCGCAAUAAAAAAAGAAGAGAUUGAAACCGCAGAAACGCUACCGAUUGCCCAAAUAAUGAAAAAAGAAAAAAAUGAAGUCACAGAACUGUCACCAAUUGAGGUCAUGGGAAAAAAAGAAAAAAAUGAAGCCGUAAAGUUGCCACUAAUUUCGGAUAUAGCAAGAGAAGAAAAAAUUGAAACCGUAGAAUUACCAUCGAUUUCGGAUAUAGCAAAAGAAGAAAAAAUUGAAGCCGCAGAGGUUUCACCGAUUACGGAUAUAGUAAAAAAAAAACAAAUUAAAGCCGCAGAAUUGCCAAAUAUGAUAAAGGGAGAAAAAAUUGAAACAGAAGAAUUAUUACCACGUGCGGAUAUAGUAACAGAAGGAAAGAUUGAAAUAAUUCAGCCAAUACCAACAUUACCAACGAUAAAAAAAGAAGAGAAGAUCGAAGACCUAGAAGAAAUGCUUAAAGUAAAAAUUAAAGAAGAAAAAGAUGAAGAAAUAAAAGAAAUUCCACUGCCGGAAGAAGUUAUACCGUCUAUCGAAUUAUCUGAAAAGAAGGAAGAAGAAGAAAUACUUCAAAUAAAAAAAGAGGAAAUACCGACAAUAGCUCCGCUGCUCAAAAAACUAACACCAAAAAUAAAAAAAGAAGUACCAGAAGAGAAAAAACCAGAAAUGGUCCAGAUAGAAUUAAAAAUUCCAAUUGCUGAGAUAAAAUCGACCGAAAUGGAAGUACCAGCGAUACCAUUCGAUCCAAGAUUAGUGGCACAGCCGUAUCUAAUCAUAGCGAAGAUCAAAGAGAAGGAACUAUUGCAGAUUAUACCCGCGAAGCCACCAUGUACGGAAUGUUGUUUGCGACCACCGAUCGAGACCACAAGGCAGUUCGAGAUUCCACAAAUUGAUGUACCUCAAACCGAAGUCGUACAAACCGAAGUUAUACAAUCCGAGGUCGUACAAACCAAAAUGAUGCAAACCGAGAUCGAACAAAAUGAGGUCGAACAAGCCAAAAUUGUACAAAUCGAGGCCGUCAAAACUGAAGUUGUACAAAUAACCUCGCAGACAAUUUCGACCGCUGAACCGCCCCGUAUACGAAAUAUUAGUGAAUAUUUAAAACCAGCUGAGCUAAAAACAUCGAGGACUGAAAUCGCUGGCGACCGUCCUGAAAUAACCGGCCGAAAAAUGCUCUGGCGCAAACGCUUAAAGGACCAAUCGACCGUCACGACUUCCAGCACCGGAUCACAGACGGAUAAAACAAGCCACGUUAGCCACGAUCGAGUUGUAAGAGAUGAAAGAGAACGCGCGAGAGUGCCCACGGAUGAACUUUUACGAUCUAUAAAGAUCGCCGCCGGGCUAGCGCGACCGGACACAGAACGCGAGAUUAGGACAAUUAAUUAUGGCGAGAGGCCCGACGAAACGGGCAGAGCAGCUUGUAACUGUUGUUCAUGCAGUAAAACUCCAACUCCGCCGUCGACAAGACCUAGAUUAGAGGUUCAACCGCAGAUAGAUGCAACACCUCCGGCAGCAGCUGCGUUCAAGCGUAUGUUUAUUCGGCCUAAAAUCGAUCAUCCGAUAUCGCAUAGAUUGUGUAGUGAUUGCAAAGCGAAAAUACAGAGCAGGAUGCCACAUGAGAGACAUCACAUCAAGAAAAUCAUUAAGAAGAUUUCUCAUGAUCAGGAGAGUUACAGAUAUGUAUCACUGACUAGUAAAUCAUGCCGUGCGAUAUCUCGAAAAAGAGUAAUCGAAAAAAGGAACCAGGCUUGCUUGGCCAAAAUACCUAAGCAAAAGAUUAAUCCUAUCGAACAAAAAAGAAAAGAUGAUUUGCAGUCAAUUUUAGAGGAAAAAUCAACUGUGGAACCGCUAUCCGCAAGUUGCAUUUGCUUCAAAUUAGAGAAAACUGGCAUAGAAUCAAUUAAAAAAGGAAACUGCUAUUGUGGAGAUUAAA